GAUCUCGGUAAGAAACGUAGAAGAGGGGGGUUUGGUUUCGCAGUGAGCUAAGCCUAUUAUCAAGACAUAACAACAAUCUAACUCUCAGCAAUUAUGUCUCUAUGAUUAUUAUUAUUUGAUCAUACUCUUCGCUUUAAUCUUCCCUUUCAAAUUUACCUUAAUUUUAUCCAAGUUUUCAUUUCAUAAUCAUAUAUAUCAGAUUCAAAAUUGGAUCAUAACCCUCAAUGCAAUGGUGGUCUGCAAAUGUCGCAAGGCUACUAAGCUAUAUUGCUUCGUGCACAAAGUUCCUGUCUGUGGAGAAUGUAUCUGUUUCCCGGAGCACCAAAUCUGUGUGAUACGGACAUAUUCAGAAUGGGUUAUAGAUGGGGAGUAUGAUUGGCCACCUAAAUGCUGUCAAUGCCAAGCCGUUCUAGAAGAAGGGAGUGGAUCUCAAACUACUCGACUCGGUUGCUUGCAUGUUAUCCACACAAAUUGCUUGGUCUCACAUAUCAAGAGCUUUCCUCCACAUACUGCCCCAGCAGGAUAUGUGUGUCCUUCAUGUUCCACUUCAAUAUGGCCUCCCAAAAGUGUGAAAGAUUCGGGAUCUCGUCUUCAUUCCAAGUUGAAGGAAGCUAUCAUGCUGACUGGUAUGGAAAAGAAUAUCUUUGGAAAUCAUCCAGUAUCGUUGUCAGGGACAGAUUCACGCAGUCCUCCACCUGCAUUUUCUUCUGAUCCAUUGAUUAGUAGGGAAAAUCUUGGAAAUUCAGAGUCAGUAGAUGGAUCAAAACUUUCUAAACUUACAGUUACAGAUAUUGUGGAGAUAGAUGAUGCUAAUUCAUCAGGAAAUUUCAUCAAAAGCUCAAGUCCAGUUGGUCCUGGUGCUACCACAAGGAAGGGAUCACUUCACGCUGAUCGACAAAACUCUGAAAUCUCAUACUAUGCUGAUGAUGAAGAUGCGAAUCGCAAAAAGUAUACAAAAAGAGGUCCAUUCCACCACAAGUUUCUUAGAGCAUUGCUUCCUUUCUGGUCCACUGCUUUACCCACUCUUCCAGUGACUGCACCUCCAAGGAAAGAUGGGUCAAAUGCAACCGAAGCCUCAGAAGUCCGUACACGACAUCCAAAGUCAUCAAGGAUGGACCCCAGAAAAAUUCUUCUCCUGAUUGCAAUCAUGGCGUGCAUGGCAACUAUGGGUAUAUUAUAUUACAGACUUGUACAACGGGGUCCCGGUGAAGAGCUUCUUAAUGAUGAAUAAGCUGUGCAUGGAGUGCUCUAAUAGUCACGAGGUAUUCAGCGGCUCCAUUUUUUAUAUUGCUUGUUACUGGUGCUUCAGCUGUUUGGCCUCUUUAUUUGGAAUAGAGUCGCUGUUUCUGGCAAACAUACAAGUAGCUGGUUGAUAACUUGUUAUUUGAAAUGCCUAUGUCAGUGACGUGUUACAUGUCAUCCAUAUUUUGCUCUUUGCCCUCAGUUUUGGUGUCCAUUUGAAAUGUAAUUGCAGAUUGAGAUUUAUAUGUUGUUCUCUUAUUCGGAUUAAGUUGUAAUUAUCUGGAAUCUUCAAACCUCGGAGGUCAAUUUGUCUCGACCGGUUCAAAUAUAAUUUGCAUGUUAUUAGCAGACUCA